CACUAUAUUAUGUCAGUUAUUAAUGAAAGCAAAGCUGAAAAUGUGCUGUUAUAUCAGCAAAUAUUUCAGGUUUCAUUAACUGAGGGACCAAUAUCAAAAGUUAUUUUUGCAAUUUUAAUGUCGCUGUUCUUUAUCUAUUUAAAUGCCAUCAUGGUCUACACUCUUUGGAAUAAGUCUGUUUUUAAAGAGACUCCACGUUACAUUCUGUUUACCUACAUGCUUCUGAAUGAUUCCAUACAGCUCUGUGUUACCUCUUUUUUGUAUAUUUUAGGUCUGGCGUAUCUCAAGAUUGUCAUGGCUGCUUGUGCUUUUUUAGUUUUUGUUGCAGAAACAACUUUUCUUAAUGCACCUUUAAACCUGGCUGUGAUGUCAUUAGAGCGUUAUGUGGCUAUAUGCUUUCCUUUAAGACAUGCUGAAAUAGCCACUCAGAAAAGGACUUUUAUUGCUAUUGGAGUCAUUUGGUUCAUGGGUUCCAUAAAUUUAAUAAUUGACUUGUUUUACAGUGUAGUUUUGGAUCCUAAACUUUUAACUUCACAAACAUUUUGCACAAGAGAAAGGCUUUUCAUAAAGCAAUGGCAAGUAGAUCUUCAUCAGAGCUUUAACAUCUUCUUAUUUGUCUCAGUCUCUAUGAUUAUUCUUUUCACUUAUGUCAGAAUUUUGAUAACAACCAGAUCCAUUUCCUCCAGUAAACAUUCUGCUACAAAAGCCCACAAGACCGUGCUGCUGCACCUCAUUCAGCUGGGCCUGUGCCUUACUUCUUUUCUCUAUGGCAUUAUUGAGCAAGCUGCAGCAACGACCAGCAGCAGCCGCCUCUUUGUGGAACUGCAAUAUUUAAAUUAUUUAUUUGUUCUGAUCUUGCCACGCUGCCUGAGCCCACUCAUCUAUGGACUGAGAGAUGAUGCUUUACGGCCCUUAUUUAUCUACUACUUUCACUGUGCCACAUGCAAAGGCAGGUCUACAGUCAAUGUACACUAA